AUGGGAAAGGCCAAGUACAUCCUGCUCGACUGCGACAACACCCUCUGCCAGUCGGAGCAUCUGGCCUUCGAGGCCUGCGCUGAGCUCACCAACAAGGUGCUUGAGAAGCAUGGCAUCAACGACAAGCGCUACACGGCUGAGAGCCUCCUCGAGGACUUCGUCGGCUACAACUUCCGCCGCAUGCUGCUCGCCCUGCAGCCCAAGCACAACUUCAAGAUGUCCGACGAGGAGCUCGAGGAGUUCGUCGAGGCCGAGCUUGGUGCCGUCACCCAGAAACUCAGCGAGAAGGCCGUCGAGUGCCCCGGCGUGACCCCCCAGCUCGAGUGGCUCAAGAAGGAGGGCUACCCCAUGUCCGUCGUCAGCACCUCGGCCUUGAGCCGUGUCGUCGCCUCUCUCCGCAAGACCAACCUGGACCGCUUCUUCCCCCCCGAGCACGUCUACUCAGCCGCCACCUCGCUCAACCCUCCUGGCUCCAAGCCUGACCCGGCCAUCUACCACCACGCCUGCAAGGAGCUCGGCGUCAAGGAGAGCGAGUGCAUCACCGUCGAAGACAGCAAGAGUGGUGCCACCGCUGCCAUGCGCGCUGGCAUUCCGUGCAUCGGCUACGUCGGCAUCUACGGCAUCGAGGACGGCAAGGAGAAGAUGGAGCAGAUGGCCAAGCUCCUCACCGAGGAGACCAAGUGCAUGGCCAUCAUGUACGACUGGAAGGAGUUCCCUGAGGUGCUCAAGAAGGUCGAGGCCAAGCUAUGA